AUGGUCCCGUCCACCUCCGAACCGGACGAGAUAUCGAUCUCUCUAAUUGCCCACGAACCACUGAUCGACAGACCAGUGAGCCCACAGACGGUGUCUUCAAGAGCUUCAUCACGAAUUUUGCUACGACUCUACAUCUCUCACUCUCUCUCGACAUGGAAUUCCCGCAUGUUUGAAUUCGGCGCGGUUCUGUUCCUGGCAUCCAUCUUCCCCGGAACCCUGCUAUAUGCCUCAAUCUACGCACUCGUGCGGUCCUUAUCGGCCGUUGUCUUGUCAUCAUGGCUCGGUUCGGUUGUGGACCGAUCCAAUCGAUUGACUGCACUUAGACAUUCGAUCGUCUGGCAGCGACUCCCCGUAGCGGGCUCCUGUGCUUGCUUUGUGGUGCUACUUGCUUCGGCGAACUCGACGCUGAGGAUCCUUCUCUUCUUAGCGACAGUGGUGCUGGCCUGUUUCGAGAAACUCGCCGCCACGGCCAAUACAGUAGCAGUGGAGCGGGAUUGGGUAGAUCUUUUCUGCAAGCUCAUUGCUCCCAUAUUCAUUUCGCUGGUUGACGGCUUCUCCACCAAAGCUGCUAUAUGGACGACUCUCGGGGUCAAUGUGUCUUGUGUUGCUGUUGAAUAUGUUGCCAUCGCACAGGUCUAUGCUUCAGUUUCUCAGCUAGGGCGUAAUAUGCCAGCGGCUGGAUCGGAGGGCGCCCUGGGCAGUGCGACUGAAACUCGAAGCGUAGCUCAGCUAUUUAAGCAGCGGGUCAAAGACGCUGCAGCUCCGUGGAAAGAGUACACUCAAAGUCCCCUCUUCCUAGCCAGUUUUGCUUUGAGUCUACUCUAUCUGACGGUUUUGUCUUUUGGCGCGACAAUGGUCACUUACCUGCUUCACACCGGUUUCACUCCCCUGCAAGUGAGCGCAAUGAGAAUUGGUGCUGUGGCGGCGGAGCUAUCCGGGACUUGGGCGGCUCCAUUCAUCAUGAACAGAAUCGGACCCAUACGGUCUGGGUUGUGGUUCUUGAACUGGCAAUUCGUCUGUCUGGUGACAGCGGUGGCGGCCUUUGCCUUGCUCGACCCCUCUUCUCAGGUGGUCGCUGUCAGUCUGAUCGUGGGCGUGGCGCUCAGUCGGGUCGGGCUAUGGGGAUUCGAUCUGUCCGUACAGUUUCUGGUGCAAGAGGGAGUCGACGAAGAUUGCCGGGCUCGGUUUUCCGCGACGGAAAUGGCUCUCCAAAACAUCUUCGAGCUGUUAUCAUUUGCGACUACCAUCGCUUUUCCCUCACCGGAACAGUUCAAGUACCCAGUGUAUAUCAGCUACGGUGCCAUCGCGAUGGCUGCAGCUUGUUUUGCGGCGUAUGUGCGCAAGGAACGGGGACAUCUGCUCCAUACGUCGAAAUGCCUCGGUGGGGACAAGAAGCGGCUUGUACCUGGGGAGGUGCUCUACCACAGGGUACCAUGA